AAGAAGAAGAAGAAGAAGAAGUCGCUCCGAAAAGACUUGGACAUGAAGAAGGAUAUUGAUGCACUGAUAGAAGAGGAACGGGCUGAAGUCAUCUCUAAAUAUGACAAAGGCAGACAAGAUGGUGUUAACAUUGACCCAUGGGAGGACGCCAACUAUAACAUCUAUAAAGUCACUGACCGCUUUGGCUUCCUGCAUGAGGAAGAACUCCCAACACCUUCUGCACUUGAAGAAAAGCAAAAACAACAGGAAAUUGAACGAGUUCAAAAAUGGCUGAAGAUGGUGAAGAAAUGGGACAAGUACAAGAACAGUGAAAAGUUGGUGAAACGUAUAUAUAAAGGUAUACCUCUCCAGCUGAGAGGCCAAGUUUGGGCCUUGCUUUUGGACAUAGAUAAAGUGAAGCAAGAAAACAUGGGAAAAUAUGAGAAAAUGAAGCARCAAGCUCGCAAUUUCUCAACGGAGAUCAAGCAGAUUGACCUGGAUGUGAACAGAACCUUCAGGAACCACAUCAUGUUCAUGGAUCGCUUUGGAGUCAUGCAACAAGCUCUGUUUCAUGUACUGGCAGCUUACUCCGUCUACAACACGGAGGUGAGUUACUGCCAGGGGAUGAGUCAGAUCGCUGCCAUCUUGCUCAUGUACAUGAAUGAGGAAGAUGCCUUCUGGGCUUUAUCUCAGCUCCUCACCGACAGCAAGCAUUCCAUGCACGGGUUUUUCAUCCCAGGAUUUCCCAAACUUCAACGCUUCCAGACUCACCAUGAACUCAUCCUGUCCAAAAUGCUUCCAAAGCUGAAGAAACACCUGGACAAGGAGCAGAUGACAACAGGGAUUUACUCCACCAAAUGGUUUCUCCAGUGCUUCAUUGACAGAACACCUUUCACACUCACCUUACGUUUAUGGGACAUCUACAUAUUGGAAGGAGACAAGAUACUAACUGCUAUGGCCUACACAAUCCUCAAGUUACACAAAAAGCGGCUGAUGAAGCUUCAGUUGGAGGACCUGAGGGAGUUUCUUCAGGAGCAGCUGUCUGAUUCUUACCUCUUCCUUGACGAUGUGGUGAUUGAACAUUUACAGGCUUCAAUGUCAGAGCUGCACAGUAAAAGAUUGGAUCAACCUCCUCCAGCCAAGUCAGAUGAGCUGCCAAAGAAGCCUCUGGGUCAAGAAAGACCAGUUCUCCUUGUACCAUUUCAGUCCGACUCACCUGUUGAGGUCAAAAUAAAUCAGCAGGCUAACAACAAGCCCGUCAAAGAGACUUGUCUAACAGACGACUCCGCCCUGCAACAAACUCCUUCUUCUGCAGAGUCCCAGAAUUCACAAAGCUUUUCUGAAACAAACACACUUUCAUCUGACUCUGUUGUUGAUCAGACACAAGGAACACCGUCCCCCCUAGGGUCUUGUAUAGCACCGGCAUUUCCCCCUAAAGUUAAAAAGCCUAUAAUUGAAGCUGGGUUGGUGAAAGAUUCAAACAACUUUCUCCCAGAGGUUUGCCUARAUAGAAAACAGGAGAAUGAGACAAAUAAGCCCCAAGAGGAGCCUAYGGAUUGGCCUCCACCCUAUGAGCCGUCUGCUCUGGAGGCUAUUACCAUGCAGACUGAGGAGGAAAUCAUGGACCUUCCAGACCUACCACCUCCACCCUUAUUCUAUCCUGAGCAGAGUGAGCAAAGGUCUCAGAACAACAAAUCUCCCACCUUAAGGGCUGGGCCUGGCCCAAAUAUCCAACUCUGCUCUCCUUCCCCUCGUUCAGCCUCACCACUGGUCACUCGGGUCAAGGCAUCCCCAAAGCCAAGUCCAAAACUAAGUCCAAAACCACGUUUAGCUAUCAAUGUCGCGAAGGUAAAAAGUCCUCCUCACUCCACCUGCACACCAAACUCCUCCUCCUCUCCCAGGCUUCCACCCGCAAAACCAACAAAGUUCCCAAUCUCUCUCUACGUCCCCGCAUCCAUGGGAGACCGCCGGCCUUCCAACACCUCGCAGUACGACAACCUGUCUGAGGCUGACGACGACGAUCACUUUGCGGAGAGACUGCUGGCGUCCACUCCUGAGGAACGUCCCCUCAUGCACAGCACCCCGCCUUAUAAUGCCGACAGAAACUACGACCCUGCUUCCUACCCCGUGCCUCCACCACCUGUCUUCAUUCCUCCGUCUCCUCCCUCUGUUCUCUCUGCAGUGUGCGCUCUCCCCAGCUUGCCUCGAGAGCCAGAAUGCAGAGGCGAGGACAGCUGGGUGGAGGAUUCCAUCAUUCACUCCCCUCCACCCAGUUUUGCUGACAGACUCGUUCCGUUUCAGUGUGCCACCGCCAACUGUUCAGACACACACCGAGCCGUGUCGCCCGUCUACCCGAAGAGUUUCUCCAGAGGCCCCCGAGACCGUUCUGCUUUUCCAGCACCUUUGUUGUACACGAGGUCUCCCCCUGGCCACUCCAGGUCCUCAGGACAGUCCCCAGUAGGUGUGGCCCUGGCUCAGUCCAGCCCAGACUUUUGUAGGACUCCCCCUGGUGGACAGAAGCUGCCAAAGUCUGUGACUUUUUGAUACUUCUAUUUAAUUAUGCCAAUGUGAUGUGGAUUCUUUAAUGCUGCUUUGAUUUUCAAAGCCAGUAGCUCUUCGGUUUGUCUAAGGUGCUUUGUGUGCAUGAGUCUAAGGACUUCAUGUACAUCUACUGUAGAAAUAUCUGUAUCAGUUGCACCCCUUUGUAAGGAAAGCCAUGUCAAACUAACAACUUUCUUGUUAUUGGCCACAGAAAAUGUAACAGUUAGACUGCCCUUGGUUAUUUACGACCGCAAUUAGUUUCAUUUUGAUUGAUACUAUGAAGAAACCAUACCAGCUGCACAAGACGCCAGCCUUUCAUUUCUAGUUCUGUUCAUGUUCUUCCAUCAAAGUGUAUCAACGUCAUCAUGGCAAACCAAAUGUAGCAUCAUAAGGGCUUUUAGGCUGCCAGAUAAGAAUAACUUAGCAAGGUGUAAAUCUGUUUUCAUGGCGUCGGGGUAAACCGUGAGCAGGAUUGCAGACAACUGGGAUCCCUCACUAAAGUGUUUGUGAAACUAAAAGAUUUGUUUGAAGUGGUAACAAUCAGCAGCAGUGAAAAAUGGUGCAAUAAAUUACUAAUGAAAAUACUGACCCAAACAUUAUGUUGCCUUUUUAAGGUCAGUUGUUACACAGAGGUGGUAGUGGGUGAGUGUUUGAAAUUUAGUUACAAAGCUCUUAUCAUAUUGCUUUACAUUUUGAUAAUAUACUGUGUAUAUGUGAUUGCACGGGUUAACAUUAAGAAACAUAAGUGGCACAGACUGUUUUAGAGAAAAAAACACAUUGGUAGCUCCAUUUAGUGGUAACAGUUUGACUGUUACKGAGUUUAAACUUCAAAUUUAAGUUGUUUCAUUAGCCUUACAGUGUUAAGGGGGAGAAAACUAUUACAGAUCAGGAAGCUAAACGAAUUAAAACUUAAUUUAUUCASUCAUAUCUCAGAGCCAUUAGUGACUUUGAUGUACAUUUAAUUUACCUGCUUAAAGAAAACGUGUUCUUGUAAAAAUGGAAGUUGAGCCAUAAUAUCUGUAAGACUUCAUGAAUAGAUUUAUAUAUACAGUUAUACAAUAUGUCAAAUAUCAGUAUUGUCUUUUUUUUGCACUGACAAUUGUCAAUUUAAACAGAUUUUUGCAGUUUGUUUUUCUACCUGAGUUGCAAACUGUUGCUUAAAGAAAAAAACUUUGGUCUCGCAUUGCAUGGACUCACAGGACGGUGCUCUCUGGACUGGACACGCUGACGUUUUGUUGUUUGAUGUGACCACAAAUUGUACUUCACUACUUUUGUAAGUUCGGUUGUCAUCGUGGAGACUGGGRGCUCUGACCAAAGCUUAUUUACAUUUAUGCAACUACUUGAGUUUUAUAAAAGAAAAAGAAAAAACCUUUG